UAAAUGUUGCUAAAAGUAUUAUUUUGCACUGAGAAGCGUCAACUGAAAAAAACACACAACGUGAGAGCUGGGAGUUCAGCUUUAGUUGGGGCUUUCUGAGGACUGUAGCUCUUGAGGAGGUGUGGGUAUCAGUAUAUAUCUGAUUUUGCUGAAGCGGGUAUGUGCAGUCAAACACACAUCUUAGUAGAAGUUUGCUGCUGGUUAUGAGGAACAGAUGCCUCCACUAAUGAUGUUAGUGCUUUUCUAGGUAUGAGAAGAUACCAAAAAUUGGGCUCAUAAAAAUUUCUCCUGAAAAUAUCUAACUCUCUGAAGGCCUCUUCUGCCACUUUUCCCCAGAGCACACAGUGCCUCAUUCCUGCCCUGCCCUGAACUCCUUUCAGGGUGUGUUAAAGGUCAGCGACGGCAUUGGCUAGUGACUUCCUGCUAGUAGAAUCAGAUGAUUCCAGACCAAAAUUGAAACAAUGGUCGACCUCACGCAGCUAAUGGAGAAUGAAGUAUUCAUGGCCUUUGCCUCCUACACAACGAUUGUUCUUUCAAAAAUGAUGUUUAUGAGUACUGCAACUGCAUUCUAUAGAUUGACAAGAAAGGUUUUUGCCAACCCAGAAGACUGUGCAAGCUUUGGCAAAGGAGAGAUUGCCAAGAAGUAUCUUCGGACAGAUGACAGAGUGGAACGUGUACGAAGAGCCCACUUGAAUGACCUCGAAAAUAUUGUGCCAUUUCUUGGUAUUGGCCUUCUGUAUUCCUUGAGUGGUCCAGAUCUCUCUACUGCCAUCCUGCACUUCAGGCUCUUUGUUGGAGCACGAAUCUACCACACAAUUGCAUAUUUGAUACCCCUUCCCCAGCCAAAUCGCGCUUUGGCUUUUUUCCUUGGAUAUGGAGUUACACUGUCAAUGGCUUACAGAUUGCUGAGAAGUAGGUUGUACCUGUAAAGAGAAUCAUACAACUCAUCAUCCAGUGAUUUUCUAACAAUUCUGUACUUCCAAUUUGUAACAAAUACUUUUUAAGAUUUUAAGUGGGAAGGGAGCAGGGAAAUUAAGAUAGGGAAAACCUGGUCUGAAUAUUAAUGUCACCAAUAUCCUUUAUUCUUUCUUAAUAUUUGCACUAGAAAUUUAACAUAAUUUUUAGCUCUUUUGUCUUAUUCUUAAGUACUUUGUUUUAAAUUUUGAUUGUAAUUUGUAACAUUAUUCAACAUUUCAUAUUUUAAAUCUUUAGAAAGAGUAAGUACAUGUAUGUUAAACUUGUAUUUCAGUAUUGCUGAAAUCGGCGUAUGAAAUAAAGAAUUUAAAGAACGA